AUGGAGCAGGGCGGCAGCCGCUUGGACGACUUCCCUCUCAACGUGUUUUCGGUCACUCCUUACACACCCAGUACCGCUGACAUCCAGGUGUCCGAUGAUGACAAGGCAGGGGCCACCUUGCUCUUCUCAGGCAUCUUCCUGGGACUGGUGGGGAUCACGUUCACCAUCAUGGGCUGGAUCAAAUACCAAGGUGUCUCUCACUUUGAAUGGACCCAGCUCCUUGGGCCCAUCCUGCUAUCGGUCGGAGUGACAUUCAUCCUGAUUGCUGUGUGCAAGUUCAAAAUGCUCUACUGCCAGGUGUGCAAAGAAAGUGAGGAAAGGGCUCUGGAUUCGGAGCAGACGGCGGGAGGACAAUCAUUUGUUUUCACUGGUAUCAACCAGCCCAUCACCUUCCAUGGGGCCACUGUGGUGCAAUAUAUCCCUCCUCCCUAUGGCUCUCAAGAGCCCGUUGGGAUCAACGCCGCCUACCUGCAGCCAGUGGUGAACCCCUGUGGUCUCAUACCACCUGGAGGGGUGGUGACGGCCACGCCAAGUCCUCCUCAGUACUACACCAUCUACCCUCCAGACAACGCCACGUUUAUUGGAGAGCAAGACUACUCUUCGAUGGUGGCUGGUGGAAAUGACAGGUCCGGCCCUGAUGCUGACCAGCUGGAAGAGACACAGCUGGGAGAAGAGGACUCCACCUGGUUCUCUCCUCCUCCCUAUGAGGAAAUAUACUCCCUUCCUCGCUAG